UUUCUCUACAACUAACACCCACUUCCAGAAACAAAAUGACACGCAGGAGGAUCGGGUGGAAUUUUACCUGAUUUCUAAACUCACUGUGUUUUGCUUUAUUUUUGUUUUUUGAUUUUAAAUCUCGAAGAUUCUAUUUAUCAGCGAUUUGAUUGAGAACAAAUUCAAAGAUGAAAUUUCCAAUAGAAACACCGAGAAAACAAGUUAACUGGGACCCGGAACAAGUGGCGGUUCAGACCAACUUGGUCCCUCCCAAGAAGGCCCAGCCCGGCAUGGUGAAGUCCACCCUGGUCCAGGCCAGUGUGGCCACCAUGCAGAACCCCAUGGGCUGCGACCCCAAGGCCAACGGCCACUGCCCGCUGCCCCGCCUGUCCAUCUCGUCCCGCUCCGCCAGCAUGGUGGCCAGCAUGGACACGAGCUGCGACGGCUCCACCGCCGCGCUCCACUCGGUGAUGAAGUGGAAGACGGUGCUGGCCGUGUUCGUGGUGGUGGUCCUCUACCUGGUGUGCGGCGCGCUGGCGUUCCGGGCCCUGGAGCAGCCGUUCGAAAGCAGCAAGAAGACCAGCAUCACUCUGGAGAAGGCGUCCUUCCUGGACAAGCAUCCGUGCGUCGCUCCUGAAGACCUGGACGCCAUCAUCAAGCAUGCUAUGGACACUGUCAGUGCAGGAGUGAGGCCUAUUGGGGACACGUCCUACAAUUCCAGUUACUGGGACCUGGGCAGCUCCUUCUUCUUCGCGGGAACGGUCAUCACAACCAUAGGUUAUGGAAACAUAGCUCCGAGCACGGAAGGCGGGAAAAUCUUCUGCAUCCUUUAUGCCAUAUUUGGCAUCCCUCUUUUCGGCUUCCUGUUGGCGGGGAUCGGAGACCAGUUGGGGACCAUAUUUGUGAAAAGCAUCUUGAGGGUUGAGAGGAUAUUCAGACAAAAACACAAACAGAUCAGCCAAACAAAGAUCCGGGUGACCUCCGUCAUCCUGUUCAUCCUGGCCGGCUGCAUCGUCUUCGUCACCAUCCCUGCUGUCAUCUUCAAACACAUCGAGGGCUGGACCACCCUGGACGCCAUCUACUUUGUUGUGAUCACGCUCACCACCGUGGGGAUAGGAGACUAUGUGGCAGGUGGGAAUCGCACCAUCGACUACAUGAAGUGGUACAAACCUCUGGUGUGGUUCUGGAUCCUGGUGGGCUUAGCGUACUUUGCAGCUGUCCUCAGCAUGAUUGGAGACUGGCUUCGAGCGCUGUCCAAGAAGACCAAAGAGGAGGUGGGGGAGUUUAAAGCUCACGCAGUGGAGUGGAAGGCGAACGUGCGGGCAGAGUUCCGUGAAACUCGCCGGCGCCUGAGCGUGGAGAUCCAUGACAAGCUCCAGAGGGCCGCCACCAUCCGCAGCAUGGAGCGCCGUCAGCUGGGCCUGGAGCAGCGGGCUCACUCCCUCGACAUGCUGUCGCCCGAGAAGCGGGCCAUGUUCGCCAGCCUGGAUGCCGGCCGCUUCAAAACCUCCUCCCAGGAGAGCAUCGACACCAAGCUCAACAACCUGAGGCUGAAGGGGGCGUGCGAGCCGUACGACCACCAGGGCAGCGAACAGACCCCGGAGACCGCCUCCUCGUCGGAGGAGAACCUCUUUAACCUCCGCUUCGGAUCCCUCACCAAACUGGCCCGGCGCAACAGGAACCGCGAGCUGAGGAGGAACAUCACCGAGGACGCUCGGCGGGCCAGCGUGGGCCUGAACAACGGCGGCACGAUGCUGGGGGAGGAGAGGACGGAGGAGGAGGAGGACGGCGAGCCCGAUGAGGAGAGCGGGGAGAGAAAAGAGGGGAACACCAGUCUGACGAACCUGUCGCAGUACGCCACGGAGCGCACCAAGCUGAACGGGUUCAUUCCAGAACAGGGAAAAGACAGAGAGAGCGAUUAAGGAGCCGAACGGAAGAAAAGCCACGGACAGACGAGGACUGCAGAGGGAGAGAGAGAGAGAGAUCCUCAGACACGAGUGCUCGUCCUCAGAGAUGUCAAGACAUGUGCCUUUCUGCUUCCUAUGCUUGGACUGGAACCCUUCCCGGGAAACUCAUUCAUCGUGCCAUAGCCAUGGGAAGAGAACAUGUUGCCAAAAACGAAUUAAAAAA